UUAUCUUGUGCUUCAGCAUAUCGUGCACGUAACCGUUAAAAAGGAAUCAACUCCUACACGGCGCCUCCAGGGACAGAGCGCCGAGACGCAUCCCUAGGCGGGCUGAGCUACAGCAGCGAGACCGAAAUGAUGGUAAUCUAGAACAGAAGAUCCGGAAGGGGGCGUUCGACGGUAUAUCAAGUGAAGGCGCUACGCAACUGAUAAACAAACGGAGUUGUGCCGCCCUUUACUCUUGUAUUUGAAGUGUAGAUUUGUCAAAGUUUCCCUGCCGCUCUCUAACUGUAACAACCUGCUCUCCGUGUCUACGUUAUUCAGUGUUAAGCCGACUGACUACUUUCUGCGUGCCAUUGACAGAAUAAUCUCUUAUAUUUAUAACCCGUCUGUGUAGCGUUACAUGAGAUCUGUUCGAACGACAUGUUGUUCCAGUAUGAGAAAAUUGAAGACCUGACCCAGCAGUGAAGGGUGUGUGUAGUGUUAAUCCCAUUGCCACUAACUAAUAAUUGACAAAAGCAAGUCCAGCUUGUGUUUUGAACAAAAAGUCUACCUUGUUUGAAGAGGAGCAGCUUAAAUUGUCAAGAGAAUUCAGUUGUACAAUGCCUUUGAAAAAGACCUUACUUUGUUUUAAUAUCUUGUUGACUGUUGCAGUUGUUGCUACAUUAUUGUCCAUCAACAUCAUGUUGCCUUACAAGAACAAUUUUGCUGAACAGCACAAACUUGAGAUUACAGAUGAGUAUCUGGACAGAGAGAUUAACUGCAGUAAAAUAAUUGGAAGGGAUACUGAAGAAUUAGAAAAGGCGAAAAUCCUCUCAAUCACUGUUGAAUAUAAAAAGAGACGUCGGCUUACGAAUGAAGAUUAUGCUAAUGUCUCACAGAACUGUGAAGAAUUCAUUAAGGGUCACAAGUACAUAAAGUCCCCUCUGAGUGAAGAAGAAAGGGAGUUUCCCAUUGCAUACUCACUUGUUGUGCAUCAUAAGAUUGACGUGCUUGAAAGGCUCUUAAGAUCGAUAUAUGCUCCUCAAAACUUUUACUGCAUACAUGUUGACAAAAAGUCACCAGAGUCUUUUUUGAAAGCCGUAAGUGCAAUUGCGGACUGCUUUGACAAUGUUUUUGUUGCCAGCAAACUGGAAAAUGUCAUCUAUGCAACCUGGUACCGAGUCCAAGCUGAUAUCAACUGCAUGAAAGAUCUAUACGCAAUGAGCACAAGCUGGAAGUACUUCAUUAAUUUGUGUGGCCAGGACUUUCCAAUAAAAACCAAUCUGGAGAUUGUAAAAACACUGAAAGCACUUAAUGGUAAAAACAGUAUGGAAACUGAAAAAAUGCCACCCAAUAAAGAGGUUCGCUGGAAAAUGCAUCAUGACAUUGAGGAUAAUUCAAUCAGGAGGAGUAGUACGAAGAAAUCUGAUCCACCAAUAGACUCUCCAGUCUUCUCUGGGGGGGCAUACAUUGUGGCUUCCCGAGGUUUUAUUAAAUAUGUUUUAGAAGAUGAAAAAAUCCUUAACCUCUCGGAAUGGUCCAAAGACACGUACAGUCCAGAUGAAUUCUUCUGGGCAACGCUGCAAAGAUUGCCUGAUGUCCCUGGUUCUUUACUACCCAAUUCUAAAUAUGACAUCUCAGACAUGAACUCUAUCUCAAGAUUUGUGAAGUGGAGCUAUUUAGAAGGGGACGUUAGGAAAGGAGCUCCAUACCCUCCUUGUACAGGCCAGCAUGUACGUGCUGUGUGUGUGUUUGGAUCGGGGGACUUGGUAUGGUUACUUAAGCAGCAGCAUUUGUUUGCUAAUAAAUUUGAUAUAGAUGUUGAUCCGUUUGCUAUCCAUUGUUUAGAUAAACAUUUAAGGCACAAAGCACUGUUUUUGAAAGAGCCAGGUUUAUUGUAGGCUCAUUUGACAAAUAUUGGCCAUCAAGUUGAAUUAAUGGUAUCGAUAGUGGGUUGCAUAUUUGAUUCAUCAAUUUGAAGUAAAAUGAAAUAAUCAUUAACUAUUUUUUUUUUUUUAUGCUAGUAAAUCAUUAAUAUAAAUGUAAAAGAAAUAUGUGAUGGAAAAUCAGGAAACCUUUCCAAGGUGUUGACACCCAAACUCCUGCUUAUCUAGAAAUGGUGAGGUAGUACUUGAUAAUGGUGUACAUUUCUGCAGUAUAUCUACACAUUUCACGUUGUCUCAAGGAUAGUACCUGGCAGUGAACCAUAGUUUACAACUGGAAAUGGGUAUUGCAUCUUGUGAUACUCCAGUUCAAUAUCCAGUUUUCCAGUUUCUCAACUGUUUUUUUAUCUUGUGUAGUAGGCACUCGAAUAUUUCCUAAACAAAAUGAGUAAUCCAACAUUUGAAGGAUACUUCUAACUCUGGGCUCUUAAAGAUGACCAAUAAAAUCAGUUUAUUUGAGGAAGUUAAGUGACCCUGAACCUGUGACCAAAGAAGUAAACCAUUAUGGAAAAUGCAAGACCUCAACCUGUUUAAGGGGGGAUUGCAAAUAAACUUUUCAGACAAGUGCAAGAAGAACUUUAUUGAGAGUAAGUACAAACCAGCCUGUGUGUGUGUAUGUAUAUGUAUAUGUAUAAUACACAAAUUUAUUUAUUUAUUACUGGAUAUAGUUAACCAUGCAGCUACCCUAAAAAUAACCGGAGAGAGUUCAGUGCAAUAUGGAAAAAUUAUAUUUUUAUAAAAAUGUGAAUUUGUUUGCAAUCCACAGUUUCAUAUCAGUAUUUAUUAUUACUCAUUUUUUGUACAAAUAUUCUACAGUAAAAUUUAGUAACCUAUUAGUUUGUUUUAUUGUUUUUGGGAACAAGGUUGGACAAGUAAGUUGUAGUUGUAAGGAAAUAUCCUUCAUGGUGCAUUCCUCAGCUGUGCCCGAUGGGUGCGGGCGAUGUUAAACUAUGCACGUCAUCUGCAGAUAGUGUGCAGAGCUCUGGUUUGAGUUGAUGACUAUUGUUUGGCAGGAUUUGUUGUCACUUUAUUUUUUUAAGGUGUUUCAGAGCUUUAGUGGUACGCCGGAAUCUUGGAAUGUGAAGUCCAAUUAAUGAAUAGUUAUUGAAAUGUGCAUCAGUGGUUUAAAUAAUGGCCUCCAGCCAUCAAAAUGGAAAGGCACAUGAAAGUAGUCUCUGUAUAAUAAGUAUUGAAUGUGGCCAUGUUAAUUGUUUAGGGGCUUAAGUGCAUGAUUGGUGAAUAGUGAUAUAAAUGUUCUGCACAAGUUAAUACUGAUUUGUCAAUAUUCAAAAAACAGGGAGCAGAGAUCCAAUUUGGGAAGCAUCAACAAAGGGCCUGUUUUUAACAAGCCUGCCCUCGGUUUGUGGGAGUUCUGUGUGUGUUGUGAGGGCUGCUGUGGUAAGCAACUAACUAAAGAAGCGCUGCUAUGCACUCCGGCAAGAAAUGCCUCUUCCUAUUUAUUUAUUAAAUUUAUUCAAAUUUAUAGAUGCCUCUUAUUUUCAUUCCAAAUCUUUAAUCAAACAAAAUGCAAAACCACACUACCUUAUGCAAGUAACAGCUUCCCUUGUAAUGUUCAGCACCAACUCCUAUGUGUUAAAUUGUUUAAAAAAAUUGUAGGACAUUUAUAAACUGUUUUUUUCCUCGAAUUUGUAAGGUUUUAUCCAUCAGUCAACAUUAACUUCAAGGUAACUGAUCAGUUGUGUGAUUUGGGAGCUACAUGACCAAAUAUACUGCAAGUGCACUUAGUGAGAUCUGUGGCAGCUCAGGGUUUAGUGAAUUAUUUAUAUACAGUAACUCUAUUUAACUUUAUUGUGUUAGAAAGAAUCGUAUGUCUCAAAGACAAGUGUGUGCCUUAUUUCUUGGGGUAUGUUUAAAAAAAAAAAAAAAAAUAUGUGAAAUUAGUUAAUGAUACAAAAGUUUUCCAAUUCCACAGUUUUUAUAUGAAUGUAUACAUUUUGUUUUGCACUUUAUCAGAUUAAUCGGGCAGGAGACUACUUUGUUUCUUCUUCUCUCUGUCUUUCUAAUCUCCAAAAGCUUCUUGAACAUGCAACUAUAAUACAUGUUUAUGUUAAGAAAAAAUAAAAGAUUUGUUCGAACUUC